GCCGACCUGACGCUGCUGCACCUAUGAGUCUUCACGUUAAUGAAUAGCCGCGGCCCGCGCGAGACAAAACGAGCCGAUUAUGCCGAGAUAAAGAGCAUCUUCACUCGCGCUCGGUCCGAUAUAAUGGCACGCGAUGGUUCACCCGCGGAGGAUUUCCCGGACAAAGUGAUGCCCAGGGCAGCUCCAUGCACGUGCAGCAAGAAGUGCAGGAGCCGGAGCGGCAGCGUUGUCUUCCUGGGAUUCUUCCUGCUGUCGCUGUCUCUGCACGCUGUCACCCUCGUCUGCUAUUUGGACCUGCGGUCCGAGGUCAAAAGGGAAAUUAUCCACCAGAAGCGGGAUUCAAUAUUGACACUUGCGGGGAGUGACCUGGCUGACCCGGCGGCGGUGGUCUCACUCGGACACCCGCGACUGGACUCCCGCAUCAGCCGCGGCGCAGAGGGUCAUGAGGACAAGUUACUACCGGUACACAGAAAUAGUGAAUUCCAUGCCACAGAGGAUAACAGGGGCAUAACUCAGCGGGCGAAAAGAAGUCCCGGCAGGCAGUCAGAAACAGAAUCGACUGGAAGGGAAAGAAGGAAAGAAAAGAGAAAAGGGAAAAAACGGUCUGUGCCGGGGCCCCCUGGUCCCCCUGGUCCCCCCGGCCCACAGGGGCCGCCAGGCAUCCCCGGAAUCCCCGGUAUUCCAGGAAGCAACGCUGUGGGGCCCGCAGGACCUCCUGGACCCCCCGGGCCACAGGGACCUUCGGGCACUCAAGGUCCAGCAGGGGUUCCCGAUAAGACCAAAACAAAAGAAUUCCAGCCUGCAGUGGUUCAUUUGCAAGGACAGGAGACAACCAUCCAAGUGAGAGAAGAUCUUUCUGAAGGCAUCCUUCGGAACUGGAAGAUGGUGUCCAUCCAUCACCGCGUGUUUAAAAUGCACUCUCGCUCUGGAGAGCUGGAGGUGCUGCUGGACGGUGUCUACUUCAUCUAUAGUCAGGUAGAAGUGUACUACCUCAACUUCACCGACAUUGCCAGCUAUGAGGUGAUGGUGGACUCCACCCCGUUCCUCCGCUGCACCUGCAGCAUCGAGACGGGCCAGCGCAAGUUCAACACCUGCUACACGGCUGGGGUUAGCCUGCUCCGCGCCGGCCAGAGGAUCUCCAUACGCAUAGUGUACGAGGACACACUCAUCAGCAUGACCAACCACACCACCUUCCUGGGAAGUGUCAGACUUGGAGAGGCUCCAUCUGCUGGACAGAACUGAUAACUACACAACCACCUGGCCUCUACAUGAAAUGCCCCUGUCUUGCCCCCUGUUCAGAGGAAACUUAAAUCCUCCCGAGUUGUUAACAUUGAGGAGGCCCCUGGGUGACUUUUUAGCUCACUUUCACAGUUCUGUAUUAAAAAGGACAAUAUAGACUGUUACACUUACCCCUCACAUUGGUUCUGUGCAACGAGAUCAGCCUUGAUGAGCUUCACCAAACAAAAGUUUCUAUUUAUAGUCAACACAGACGGCAUCUCUCUUUAUAACCAGGAAGGACAAUGCGCUGACAUGUACUUAAUAUUUACAUGUUGUCAAGUGCUGUUGAAUGAUAAUAUUGUAUCUCCAAAAACACCAGCUAUUCAGAAUGUUGUAGUUGCAGUUUGUAUACUUGGCCAUUUUAAUUAAUUUAAUUAUAUUAACAGUUAUAAGUAAGUGGUUCAACAUGCGCUUAAAGCACCAUAUGCCCCGAGGUUUUUAGAAAAAAACAAGUUCAAAGCAAGUAUAAAGGUAUCUAUGCAAAGCUGAGAAAAACCCAUUUAAACUGGAGUUAUAAGGUAUUCACAGAGCAACGGCACUAUAUAUUUUGCACACAUUUGCACUACAGCAUCCCCGCAGAAUAUCAGUGAUAUGUUUUGUUACAGUGCUAUUGUUUAGGUACCGUAUGAAUGAAUCCAUGUGGAAAAAUGAUAGUUGUUUAUACGUCUCUGUACAUAUUGUAUAUAAAAAGGGAUAUACUUUUGUAAAUGGAGUUGAUUGAUGGAUUAAAAUGUUUCAUUUUCUGUCUAAAUACAUGUGUCUGUCUCGUGUUUGUGUAGCGGGUGGUAUUGAUUUAAAAGGCUAAAACUUCUCUCCCAUAUUGGAC